AUGGUGGCGCUCGGGCAGCCAGCUGGAGGCCGCUCCUGGGCCGGCGUCGCGGCGGGCGGCAAGGCCAAAGGCAGCUGGAGCUAUUGGGUCUGCUCCAGCGGGCAGUGCAGGGAGUGGAACUGGUGCUCGCACUGGAAGUGCCGCGGCUGCGGCCGAGUGGCCCCGCCGUGGGUCAAGGCUGCUCAGCCGCCCGCGGCAGCCGCUGGCCAGGAGCAGCCCGCCGCCGACGCCGAGGGCUUCGUCGUCCAACCCCGUGGGAGGAAAGCGAGGCGCCAGGCCAAGCGCACUGCUGCCCGCGCGGCCAGCGCGGGGGCCGCCAGUCUGGCUGGCGUCAGCGAGGCUAGCAGCGUGCAGGGUUCGGCCGUCGAGCGGCACCGCCAGGAGGUCAAGCGCAUCGAGGACUUCCUCGCGGCCCCCGGCGAGUCCAUCGACGAGGCGUGCCUGCAGUCGCUGCGCUCGGCCCUCGACCGCGAGCGUCGCAGGCUCUCGGCAGCAGAGGCGGCGCUGGCGGAACGCAGGAAGGCCGACACCCCCCUGCCCAAGGCGCUCCGCGGCGCUGGCAACGCCCUGGCGAAGCUGGCCAGGCAGGGGCGGGCCAAGGAGCAGGCGCUGCUCAAGGCCGAGGAGGCCCACGCGGCAGCCAUCAGAGAGCGUGAGGCAGCCAUCGCGCGAGAAGCUGCGUGCGCUGAGGCCGUUGAGGAGUGCCGAGCUGCUCUCGAGGCUCACCGUGAGGAGCAGAGGGCCGCAGAGGCCAGGCAAGCCAAGGAGGUCGGCGCGGCCUUCGUCGGCACGGACUUGCUCGGGAUGGUCUUCGGCCUCAUCCAGCAGGUCGAGGCCUUGCCCCAGGGGUUCGCCGCGGGCAACGGGGAGGCCGCCUUCGCGGAGGUCGCCGAGCAGAUCGCGGCGGCUAGGGGGCGCUCUUCCUGGGCCGACACCCCCCUCGACGUCUCCGACGAGGACCUCGACGGGGAUGAGGAGGAGCAGAUGACGCCGCCGAGCGUGGCCAAGCUGCGCGGCGAGGAGAAGCGCACGGCCGCUGACGAGCGGGCGGCCGAGACCCUCGACUGGCGUAGCCAAGCCAAGGUGCCAAGUGACCAGCGGAAGAGGAAGACGGCACAGGAGGCCUGCAUUGGCAAGGCUUGCCUCGGGCCGCAGCCCGCCCCUGAGUCCGACCCUCGAGAUUCUGAUGGCCGUGUCUGCGAAAGAGCGGGCUGGAUCCGCAACUGCUUCGCGGGCCUUGCGACGGUCGCCCCGCACUUCGAGGUGGCCAGCCUGCUGCUGGACAUCCGCAAGUGCUUCGAGCACGUGCGCCACGACUUCCUCUGGUCGUCCGCCCAGCGCUUCGGCUUCUACCUGAAGCUGCCGCGCGGCCUCCUCGCAAUCUUCCAGGCCCCGAGGAUCGUGCUGGCAGGAGGCAUGGCGUCGGCCCCCUCCGGGGCCAGUGGCACUGUGCUGGCGGGCGGCGCGCACCCCGACGACGGCCGCGCCUUGGACUUGCUGAUCUUGGGCCCCCGCGAGCUCGGGCUGCUGGCUGCGGCGGGUGCUCGCAGGGCCUCCGACAGGGCCGAGAUGGCGCGGCUUGGGCGCGGCGCCUCCCCCGCCAUGCCCCUGUUCUGGGACGCCCUCGGCCAGGUCAUCGGCCUGCGCGGCAAGUUCAGCGGCAGGGAAAAGGCGGCCUGGAGCGGCUUGAAGCUCGGCAGGAGGUUUGCGACGGCGGCCAACAAGCCCAACGCUCACCUGUGGUCGGCCGUCUACGCCUCGCUAGACGUCGACGCGCUCUUCGUGUACAAGGUUGAGGCCCACUGCACAGAGAUCGAUGUUCGUGAGGGCAGGAUCUCGGAGGGUCAGUGGCUUGGGAGCGCUCACGCUGACAGGCUGGCGAGGGCUGGAGCGGCUCUCCGCAGGGCCAGCGCGACUGCCAGGCGCGAGUUCUUCUGCACGAAGGAGGUGGGGCGUGGGCUCCCCAGGUGGAUCGCGCUGGUUUCGAUCGUCUGGCAGGGCAGGGACCCCAGGGACUGCGAGGGCCUCCCCGUGUGCGUCGUGCGAUGGACGGCUGUCACCUUCGCGGUCCCGCUGGAGGAGCGUGCUGACGGUCUGCGGGCGGCUCCCGCACGCGGGUCGGGCGCCACGCCCGCCGCCGUUGAGGCCCGCGGGGGGCAGGCAGGCCGCCGUCCCGCCGCUGCUGGGGCCUGGGCCUCGGCUGCGCGCGACGGCGGAGGCGCGCUGGGCGCCCUGGUCUUCGCCGUCGCUGGCCGCGCCCUCGCGUUCGCCAGGUGCGGUGAGGGCGGCGACGAGCAGGAGAUCAUGGCGUGCACCAGGUGCGGAGCAUAUGCGAGGCUAGGCGGACGCCCUGGCCCGCAGCCCAAGCUCAGGGAGCGCUGUCCUGGGGCAACUGGCCUCCCCAGGUCGCUGCGUGACCAGAAGUCACGGUGGGAGCGUGGCCUCCACCCUGGAGGCACGCCGCACGCCCGCGGCGCGCGGAGGAAGGGGGCGGAGGCCCCUCGUCUUCGGAAGGAGGCUGAGGUGCCGCAGGGCGCCAGAGUGCGCUUCCUGAAGUGGCUCGGUGUUCAGCCUGACGCACCAGCAGGCGUCGCGAGCAGCGCCUCGGCGGCAGGCGCUGCUGGGAGCGGCGCAGGUCGCGCUACCUCCUCGUCGGCUGAGGUGCCCGCUGCGGCUGGAGGCGCCGCGGCGGGGGUGGGCUCGCGAAAGGCCUGGCUGGAUGCUUACGGCCUCGACGAGGAGAGCCUGCUGAGCUGGCCAGAGGAGGCCGAGGAGGCCCGACUCGAGUGCCAGAGCAGGAAGCGACGCAGAGAUGACGGAGAUGGAGGUGAUUGA